CUGAGCGUGACGCUGGGCUCGCUGAACCCCCUGCUGCCCGGCCACGUCGUCGUCGCGCCGCGAAGGCCCGUCGCGCGCUACGGCGAUUUGACGGCCGCCGAGGCGGACGACGUCGCCGCGGCCGUGCGCGCGGCGCAGCGCGCGGCGCCGGCCGCCGACGCCUUCAACGUCGCGAUCAAGGACGGCGCCGCCGCGGGCCAGGCCGUGGCGCACUGCCACGUGCACCUCGUGCCGCGGACGCGGGGCGACCUGCCGGAGAACGACUUGGUCUACGGCAUGAUCGACGGCUGGACGCCCGGCGGCGAAGCGUCGCCCGCCGUGACCCUCGACGUGCCGCCGGACGAGGCCCGCGCGCCGCGCACGGCCGACGACAUGGCCGCGGAGGCCGACGCGUACGCGGCG